AUGGACCAGUGGCGCGGGAAGUCCGAGCACGAGUAUGGGAAAGAUCCCUGGAAGUUGGACAUGGAUAAUGACGGAGGUUACGAAAUAAGGGAGUCGAUCCCCCGCAAGUUCAAACCUGUCUUCUUCAACCUACGAUCACUUCAAUUCAGUGAAAAUCUCUCAUCAGAUUAUCAGAAUAUGGAGGAUUCCGAUGCGAUUACUCGAUGGAAACUGACUUCAUGGCGGAGUCCGAAGAGAAGCCAAAUGAACGGUCACGAGCCCGGCUGA